AUGACCAGCCCCCAGCCGCGUCGCUCCAGCUUCGGAAUGUUGCUCAAGCGUAGCAAGAGCGGCGACUUUGGCAAAGGCAAGAAGGCUCAGGCUCUUAAAGAGGCCGAGCUCGAGCGCCAGCGCCAGGCCGCUGCAUCGCGCGUGCCCCCCAAGCUGCCCGAGUUCUCCAACCACUCCGAGCAGCUCUCCAAGUCUCUCGGCCCGGACCUGCAGUCGUCCGAGCCCGCCUACAGCCUCUCUCCCGGCCAUCACGGUGUCAGUCGCGGCUCUGCCGAGGCCCCUCGCUCCUACUCUGCCGCCAACCACCCGCCCGUCCCGCCCGUUCCCUUCGACCCCUAUGCCCGAACCGAGAGCAUGACGCACCGCGGUCGUUACAGCUACGCCAGCAGUGCCAUCAGCACUAUCAACAGCCCGCGGAGGGUCCGCAGAAGAAAGGAUCCCACUCCGUUCAACAUCCUCGUCAUCGGAACCCGGGGCUCGGGCAAGACUUCCUUCAUCGAAUUCCUAAAGACGGCCUUCGCAUUGCCCGCGCACAAGCGUCCUACUCGCAAGCCCGAAGAGGAUGACUUCAAGGUCCACGCUCCCGCCAGCGGCAACUUUGUGCCCCACUACCUCGAAACCGAGAUCGACAGUGAGCGCAUUGGCUUGACCCUAUGGGACUCGGAAGGCGUUGAGAAGAAUCUGGUGGAUUUGCAGCUGAGGGAGAUGUCGGGCUUCCUCGAGAGCAAGUUUGAGGAGACGUUUGCCGAGGAGAUGAAAGUUGUCCGCUCACCAGGCGUCCAAGACACUCACAUUCACGCCGUCUUCUUUGUGCUGGACCCGGCGGCGCUCGACCGCAACAUUGCCUCCGCUCGCAAGGCCGCAGGCUAUCAGAACGGCGGCGUCAACGGACUCAACCACCGCACCUUUGGCGGCCUUGACCACGACGUGGACCUCCAGAUCCUGCGUGCCCUCUCUGGGAAGACGACUGUCAUUCCUGUCAUCGCCAAAGCCGACACCGUCACGACCAAGCACAUGAAUGUCCUCAAGAAGGCUGUCUGGGACAGCAUUAAGAAGGCCAACCUCGACCCGCUCGAGGCUCUGGGCUUGGAUGACGAGGGCGACGACCUGUCCGGCCGGAUCGACGAGGAGGAUGAAGAAGCCAUCGACGACGAGCCGCAUAUGAUGCCGUCGCCGCCGACGUCUCCCAAUUCAAAGCGUCUUUCGAGCCAGUCGAUUCGCAAACACAAGGCGCAGCCGGAGACCAAGGAGGACGAUACGCCAUUCCUACCACUGUCGAUCAUCAGCCCCGACCUCUACGAGCCUGGUGUCGCCGGCCGACAGUUCCCCUGGGGCUUCGCUGACCCAUACAACGAGACCCACUGCGACUUCCAGCGCCUCAAGGAGGCCGUUUUCAGCGAGUGGCGUGCCGAGCUGCGUGAGGCGAGCCGCGAGCAGUGGUACGAGGGCUGGCGGACCAACAAGCUUAACCGCGGCACCGGAGCGUCAUUCCGCGCCCGGUAG